GGGCGGGGCUUCAGACCGUGCAGCUCUACUCUAUAAAAAGAAACUCAUUCAGUCUUUCACACUCAAGCAGCAACAGACUGAAGCUGAAACAACAGAGACUUGCUGAACUACAUCAGACACAUUUCAACCAAAAGGAUGCUUUGCGUGUAUAUUUCCCUGUUGCUGACUCUGAGCAGAGUCGGGCUCGGCUCUCUGCAGGAUAAACAGACUGACUUUGGCCUGAAGGUCUUCUCCCAGCUGGCCCACGACUCUCCGGACAAGAAUGUGGCGCUGUCACCGUACGGCGUGGCAUCUGUCCUGGCCAUGGCUCAGCUCGGUGCUGCUGGAAGCACCCGUAGGGCCCUAACUGCUGCUAUGGGCUUUUCUCUGCAAGAGCGAGGGGUGUCUCGGCAGCAGCGCCUCCUGCACCGGGACCUGUCCAGUGAGGAGGGGGUGGAUACAGCCAGCGGGGUCAUGGUGGAGAGGAAGAUGAGCCUGGAGAAGGGCUACCGCCGGGCUCUUGCCAAGGCCUUCCAGACGCACCCUAACCAGGUGGACUUCACCAAGCCAGACCAGGCAGUCAGCAUCAUCAACUCAUGGGUCUCAGACCACACUGGAGGUGCCAUCCCUGAGUUCCUGGCGUCUGGCUCUCUGAGUGAUGAGACCCGCCUGGUCCUUCUUAAUGCUCUCCACUUCCAAGGCCUCUGGAAGGUUCCCUUUGACCCCAAAAUGACACAAGAGAGGAUGUUCCACUGUGCCAAUGGCAGCAGUGUGCCCUUGCACAUGAUGAGACUCACCAACCGCUUCCACUAUGGCGAGUUUGUGACUGCCGAAGGGGUGGACUAUGAUGUCAUUGAGGUCCCAUAUGAGGGUGAUUCACUGAGCAUGUUCCUGGUAUCACCGUUCGAGCCUGAAGUUCCACUGAGCACGCUCAGUGGGGAUUUGAACAGCCAGAGGAUUAAGCAGUGGAGAACAGAGAUGAGGAAUGUCAAGCGUCAGCUGGCCAUGCCCAGGUUUACUCUGAACUCUGAGGUGGAUUUGAAGGCUUCUCUGCUCAAAAUGGGUCUGGGAGACAUGUUCAACCUGGCUACUGCUGACUUCACCCGCAUCACCACCGAUGAGAGGCUGUGUGUGUCGAAGGUUCUGCAGAGAGUGAAGAUCGAGGUGAAUGAGCAAGGAACCAAGGGAGCAGCAGCAACAGCUGCCGUGAUGUUUUCUCGUAUGGCAGUGGAGGAGAUCACUCUGGACAGACCCUUCCUCUUCCUCAUCCAGCACAAACAAACAGGUGCUGUUCUGUUCAUGGGCCAGUUCAACCAGCCUCAACAACAUUAACCUACUUUGAAGACCUGCCUUCAUUCCACUGCGUCUGACUACUGCUGCUCAUACUCCACAUGAUGACCAUACACACACCAGACCUACUGUACAGGGUUCCUAUGACUUCUUUUGACCAGACAGACUAAAUUAAUUAAAGAUUUAUUUAUAAUAUACUUAAUACAAGAAGACACAGGUUUAACAUGACAGACAUUUGAAACAUGAUUGACUGAGAGUUUAUAUGUUUGCUGUUAAUUUAUUUCUCUGAAUGUUUGUGGUUGACGAGACAGAAAUAAAUAUGAAGGAAAGUUAUCUAAUUUAGUAGUUUACUGUUGUCCGACACGACAGGAACCAAUGCACUGCCAAGCACCAACAAAAAUGUAUUUUUUAUCUAUUUUUACAAUGUUAUUUCUAAUGUCUAUUUUUGUUAUUAUCUUGAUGUUGCCUACUUACACUUGUAUUUUGCUGUAUUUAUAUUUAUUAAAGUACUAUGUUUUUACAAA